AUGAUGAGGCAUAGACAAAUACGUGAUGGAGACUUCAAGUUUCUAUGUGCGCUGUUGCUUCUAGGAUUAUCCGACACAGCCCGGGCUGCGGACUGCCAGGGCUGUGCACCACCGUGUAUAUGUGAGGGACAGAAGGGCUUGCCUGGUGCUUCUGGCUUACCAGGCCUGCGUGGUCCCGAAGGGUUGCCUGGCUUCCCUGGGCCUGAAGGACCUGUUGGAGCAGCAGGCUUGCCUGGAGACCGAGGAGAAUUCGGUGCUCAGGGAGAGAAGGGAUAUCGAGGACAAGAAGGAUUGUCAGGAUUUCCUGGCAUCACAGGAAUUCCAGGGCAGCCAGGUCUGGAGGGUCCAGUGGGUCCUGAAGGUUAUCCAGGCUGCAAUGGAUCAAAG